CCCGCAAAACUCCACAUUCGAGUCGGAAAAGUCAAGGUAAAUUGUGCGCCAAAUUGCAGCCGAGAUUGUGGAUAAUCCCCCCCGCUGGCAAAUCAACCCUUGGACACUUUUUGAAAAGGAAAACAGGUCGUCGGUUCAUCGAACUUCCGCCAGAUACACAGAGAAGCUAAGAAGGAAAAAUGCCAGAUAUUCCCUUUGUCUUGAAUUUGGACUCUCCGGACUCCAUGUACUACGGUCACGAUAUGUUCCCUAAUCGUCUGUACAGGCGAAUGCAUUCCCGGCAACAUCAUGAGCUGGAUUUUCACACUCUGGGACUAAUUGCUCGGAUGGGUGCACAUGCUCAUCAUCUGGUGGCCAAUAAAAGGAGUGGAGAGUUGGCGGCCUUGGGCAGAGGUGGAGUCCCGAAUAAACAGGGAAAUUUCGAAGUUCACCUAGAUGUGGCACUCUUCCAGCCGGGUGAAAUAACCGUGAAACUGGUCAACGAUUGCAUCGUGGUCGAAGGAAAGCACGAGGAGCGGGAGGAUGAUCAUGGGCAUGUCUCACGGCACUUUGUCCGUCGUUAUCCAUUGCCAAAGGAGUUCGAUUCGGAUGCCAUUGCCUCCACUUUGUCGGAGGAUGGAGUUCUCAAUAUAACAGUUCCUCCAUUAAUAUCCAAGGAGGAGCCCAAGGAGCGGGUAAUACCCAUUAAGCAUGUGGGUCCAUCGGAUCUCUUCCAGAAUGGUAACGGGCACAAGGAGCCAGUUGCUCCCGCUUCUGCUCCAGAAUCAAAGUGAAGAUCCCCAAAAAAUUAGCAGCUUUAGCAGCCAAGUGAUUUCCCAAGACUCUCGUUUAUCGUUGCACUAAAAAAUCGUCACGAAAAUUACGCACGCAUCGUACUACAUUUAUUCAUUUAUUAUUAGAUACAUUUUAAAAGUCCAAUUCAAUUUUAAGACUAAUCAAAAUCAAGUAUUAAUAAAGGAAUAUGAAUGUCUCAGUUAA